CGGGGGCUGCUGCUCGCCCGCGCCUAGAGCUGCCGCCCCAGGGAGCCCGCCACGGCCGCGCCCCGGGCACGCUCGGUGGCGCCCAACGAUGACCGCUCCCUGGCGGCGCCUCCGGAGUCUGGUUUGGGAAUACUGGGCCGGGCUCCUCGUGUGCGCCUUCUGGAUCCCAGACUCGCGCGGGAUGCCCCACGUCAUCCGGAUCGGAGGAAUCUUUGAGUAUGCGGAUGGCCCCAACGCUCAGGUCAUGAACGCCGAGGAGCAUGCCUUUCGAUUUUCUGCCAACAUCAUCAACAGGAACAGGACUCUGCUGCCCAACACAACCUUGACUUACGACAUUCAGCGGAUUCACUUCCAUGAUAGCUUCGAGGCCACCAAGAAGGCCUGUGACCAGUUGGCACUGGGUGUAGUCGCCAUCUUCGGGCCAUCGCAGGGCUCCUGUACCAACGCUGUUCAGUCCAUCUGCAACGCCUUGGAGGUGCCCCACAUCCAACUGCGCUGGAAACACCAUCCCCUGGACAACAAGGAUACCUUCUACGUGAACCUGUACCCCGACUAUGCCUCGCUCAGCCACGCCAUCCUCGACUUGGUCCAGUCCCUCAAGUGGCGGUCAGCUACCGUGGUCUAUGACGACAGCACAGGUCUCAUCCGGCUGCAGGAACUCAUCAUGGCCCCAUCUAGGUACAACAUUCGCCUGAAGAUCCGCCAGCUCCCCAUUGACUCGGAUGACUCACGCCCCUUGCUGAAGGAGAUGAAGCGGGGCCGGGAGUUCCGCAUCAUCUUCGAUUGCAGCCACACCAUGGCAGCCCAGAUCCUCAAGCAGGCCAUGGCCAUGGGCAUGAUGACAGAGUACUACCACUUCAUCUUCACCACACUGGAUCUCUAUGCUCUAGACCUGGAACCUUACCGCUACUCGGGGGUGAACCUGACGGGGUUCCGCAUCCUCAACGUCGACAACCCCCAUGUCUCAGCCAUUGUGGAGAAGUGGUCCAUGGAGCGGCUCCAGGCGGCUCCCCGGGCAGAAUCUGGCCUGCUGGAUGGAGUCAUGAUGACCGAUGCGGCCCUGCUCUACGAUGCUGUCCACAUCGUGUCGGUGUGCUACCAGCGAGCUCCGCAGAUGACCGUGAACUCCCUGCAGUGCCACCGGCACAAGGCCUGGCGCUUCGGCGGCCGCUUCAUGAACUUCAUCAAGGAGGCUCAAUGGGAAGGAUUAACUGGACGGAUUGUUUUCAACAAAACCAGUGGCUUGCGGACUGAUUUUGAUCUGGACAUCAUCAGCCUGAAGGAGGAUGGCCUGGAGAAGGUUGGGGUGUGGAGUCCAGCUGACGGUCUCAACAUCACUGAGGUUGCCAAAGGCCGAGGUCCUAAUGUCACCGACUCUCUGACCAACAGGUCGCUCAUUGUCACCACUGUGCUGGAGGAGCCCUUUGUCAUGUUCCGCAAGUCCGAUAGGACCCUUUAUGGCAAUGACCGGUUUGAGGGCUACUGCAUCGACUUGCUGAAGGAGCUGGCGCAUAUCCUGGGCUUCUCCUACGAGAUCCGGCUGGUGGAAGACGGCAAGUACGGGGCGCAGGACGACAAGGGCCAGUGGAACGGCAUGGUCAAGGAGCUCAUUGACCACAAAGCAGAUCUGGCCGUGGCUCCCCUAACCAUCACCCAUGUCCGAGAGAAGGCCAUCGAUUUCUCUAAGCCUUUUAUGACCCUCGGAGUGAGCAUCUUAUAUCGCAAGCCCAAUGGCACCAACCCGAGUGUCUUCUCUUUCCUCAACCCCCUUUCCCCGGACAUCUGGAUGUACGUGCUCCUCGCCUACCUGGGUGUCAGCUGUGUCCUCUUCGUCAUCGCCAGAUUCAGCCCUUAUGAGUGGUACGAUGCUCACCCCUGCAACCCUGGCUCCGAGGUGGUGGAGAAUAACUUCACACUGCUCAACAGCUUCUGGUUUGGAAUGGGCUCCCUAAUGCAACAAGGCUCGGAGCUGAUGCCCAAAGCCCUGUCUACCCGCAUCAUCGGCGGCAUCUGGUGGUUCUUCACACUCAUCAUCAUCUCCUCCUACACGGCCAACCUGGCUGCCUUCCUGACCGUGGAGCGCAUGGAGUCUCCCAUUGACUCUGCAGACGACCUGGCCAAGCAGACCAAAAUUGAGUAUGGUGCUGUCAAGGAUGGGGCCACCAUGACCUUCUUCAAGAAAUCCAAGAUCUCUACGUUCGAGAAGAUGUGGGCCUUCAUGAGCAGCAAGCCCUCCGCGCUGGUGAAGAACAAUGAGGAGGGGAUCCAGCGGACACUCACGGCUGACUACGCACUGCUCAUGGAGUCCACUACCAUAGAGUACAUCACACAGAGGAACUGCAACCUCACCCAGAUUGGUGGCCUCAUUGACUCCAAGGGCUACGGCAUUGGCACCCCCAUGGGCUCCCCCUACCGGGACAAAAUCACCAUCGCCAUUCUGCAGCUGCAGGAGGAGGACAAGCUGCACAUCAUGAAAGAGAAGUGGUGGCGAGGCAGCGGGUGCCCCGAGGAGGAGAACAAGGAGGCCAGCGCGCUGGGCAUCCAGAAGAUCGGCGGCAUCUUCAUCGUCCUGGCCGCCGGUUUAGUCCUGUCCGUGUUGGUGGCCGUGGGCGAGUUUAUAUACAAACUCCGCAAGACGGCGGAGCGGGAGCAGCGCUCCUUCUGCGGCACAGUAGCCGAUGAGAUCCGCUUCUCCCUCACCUGCCAGCGCCGCCUCAAGCACAAGCCGCAGCCUCCAAUGAUGGUCAAGACUGACGCGGUCAUCAACAUGCACACGUUUAACGACCGCAGGCUUCCGGGCAAGGACAGCAUGAGCUGUAGCACCUCGCUAGCCCCUGUCUUCCCUUAGAUGUGGGUACAGCGAGGACUUCAGGCCUGGUCCACGCAGGGGAAAGCAAAGGAGACCGGAAGGGACAUCCUCAUCUCAUGCUGGCCUUGGGGAUGGAGCUGCUACUCACAUCCGGCUGUGGACCAUCAGCUCUUACCUACCAGGAAACCAGUGGGCCCUCGGCCAGCUGCUUGGGCUUCAUCUCCUCUUGUCUUUUCUAUGGCUUUCUAAAGCUGUGAAGGCCAGCGGAAGCACACGCCUCUCAGGCUCCACCCACCACCCCUCUCUUCCUUUCCCUCAAGCCCGGGGCCUUCUAGCAUGCAGCCAUGAGAGCGGAGACUCCAACUUUGAACACCCGAAGGAUGUUCUAAUGAGGCUGCUGGUGGGAGCCCAAAGGCAGCCAGCCACCCACACAUGGACCGAAACAAGUCUUCAGCCCUUAAAGACUGUUCACCUGGGUCUGGUCUUCUCAACUUGACUUCACCCACAGAAGCCCCUUGGCAACACAGAACGCGGUGUGGAAAGGAGGAGUCUGGUACGGGAGAAGGAGAAUGCACAGGCAGAGGCUGCGGUCACAGGUGUUUGAGGUCAGUGUCCCAAGGCACACUUCUGGGAACGUGAAAGAGGUAACAACCAUGGCAAAUUUCUUCUCCACUUCUGAAAUGGAGAAGAGAAGAUACCCUCCCUCGUAAGGAGUGUCCAAAGACUCAGUUGUCAUUGGAAGGCCAGCAGAAGAAAUACGGAUGCUAAGAAAAGCCCACAGGCCCUUGAUCUAGCAGACCAGCUUUGCUGGUAGGCAAGCCAGCAUUCAGGACCCUGGGUUUCCUACCAUCUACUCUUUAGUGAGUUCCUGUCCCCGCCCAUUUGCUUUUGGCUUCCCUCUGUUAUCCUGAAAAGAGAAGAAGAGCCCCAACUGAAGUACAAGUCAAAAGACGGGUUGGUGUUCCCCUCCGCAGACAAAUUUUGGAGUAGACGGGAGAAGCCAGAGUGGACCGAAGAACUUUCUGGGCAUGCCCAAUCUAAAGAGCCCUCUAGAGAAAGAAAGCUUUCAGCGGUGGGAUAAGACCUCCAGAGGCCUCCAGGGUGGGGCGGGAGAAGCUGCCUCCUGGAAAAUUAACCAAAGACCCAACACAGAGAUACAAGGCCUUGCCGGUCUUGGUCUCUUAUCUGGAGCAGCUAUGGUCUUGGAGGUCUCGGGGGGAGAAAAGAAGAAGCAGAAGAGAAGCCAGGGAGGGGACAACCAGUGGGGUGAAAAGGUGACCUGUGGUUCCCACUUUGGAGGUCUGAAACUAGAAAAUCUUAGGAAAGAUCCAGAUGUGAGGGGUUAGGCAAAAAGUGUCCUUACAGAGAGCAUGACAGGGCCAUCAGGGCCCCCACAGCUGCUAAAGAUGGAAGUUGGUCUCCGAUGAGAGACCAGGGUUGGCAACAUGGGUUGAGAGCUGGGGGCUCUGGUCCCAAUCUCCCUCGCUUUCCUGGUGCUGCCAGGCUUGGACGAGCUACAGCUAGAGAUCAAGAGCCUUCUCGGCAGAAGUAAAGUAACCCCUUCAGCCAAGCAGGGUCUCCCCGCUGGCAUGUGAUUAACCCCCUCAUGCUGGUUCUCGGGAGCUCUGACUGUCUGUCUUCACUGGAGGGAUGAGAAGGGAGACUUGCAGCCAAGCCCAAUGCAUGGAACAAUAGGAAAAGCCAUGCUGGCAGGCAGGAGGGAGGAGUGUGUACAUGUCUGUGUGUUUGACUUUGUGUGUGUGUCUUGGGGGCUGGUGGUAAAGGACAGACAAGGGUAUAUAAGUAGUCCGUAGCAGGCAAUAAUAGGGGCCUCCUUUGGGACCUGGUUGUAUAUGGUGUGUGUGUGUGUGUGUGUGUGUGUGUGUGUGUGUACACAAGUGAAAUGGAGAGGAAGGAGCCCAAUCAGGACCAGCAACAGAGCCUCAUCUAUGUAAAAACAGGAGAAGCCAUGUUGAGAUGGGGUUCUGAUGAGUAUAUGGAUGGAUGUGAGUGUGCAUGAAUUUGUGUGUCUGUAUGUGUGCACGCGUGCACAUGCACAUGUGUGCGCAUCUGUAUACUGAAUGACAGGUUGGGGAGCAGGAUACAACCUGCAGUAUAGCCAAAUAUAUGUAAAAGGAGAAGCCAUGUCAUCAGAGGUCCUUGUAUGAGUGUGUGCACACACACACACACUUGUGUGCCCUGAAGACAGCAGGGGAGGGCAGAACAGACUGCUGUGUGUGCCCCACGGGUGGAUGUGUGCUGUGCUGUGCAGGAGAAGUCAUGUGAAAAUGAAGUGUGAGUGUGUAUGUGUGUGUGCAUGUGUGUACUCAUACCCAUGCAUGUGCAGACGUGUACCCAAAUUCCAGUUCACAUCAUGAGUUGAGGCAGCAGAGCAAUCAGUCAGGACACCAGGGUUUGUUUGCAUGCCUGUUGUAGGAGGGAUCAUUUGCCACAGCUUUCCUGAGGCUCCGUGGGGAAGUACGCAGGGACUUCGGGGCUCACAACUGGUGACUCCUCUGUGCUCUUCAUGGUAUCCUGUUGGGAGGAGAAACAUCCCCUUUCUUUUUCUUUUCUUUCUUUUUUUUUUUUUUUACCAACCCUGCCGACAGGAUUCUAAUGAAAGCAUUCUCAUCCACUGUAUUCAUUAACCACUGUCUUAUGUUGUCCAAUACAGUUUUAUAACAUACACCCACAUCCGUGUUCAUAUCACACAUGUGCUUUUGUGCAUGACACGGCAGAUGUGUCAUGUUCUUCUGAGGCUAUGCACAUACGUAGACUGUGAUGGGAGAAGGGACGGGACGUAGUUGGCAGGAAGGAUGUUCAGAGAGGGAAUGAGGAGCGAUGGGUGAAGGCAUUGGGUUGGUUUAUAGACUCAUGGGGAAAGGGGUGGCAUGCUGCAGGAUCUCCCCUUCUGCUUGAGCCUUACAUCCAGAGGUAUGGCGAAUGUCUGCCCUCUGGCUGAAAUCCUAUGCUUGACCUAGAGACCAUCCCAGUGCCAGCCCACUCGGGAGACCACCCUGCCCAGCUGAGCUGCGUCUCUUUCAGGGUAGGGAAGGAAGUCAAGAGGAAGGCAGAUCAUUCAAGUGGAAACCUGUCCCAACCCGCUAAGGGGUGCACAGAACUGGGGCUGGAGCACACAGAGGGCCUGAGGAACGGUGAGAAACACCAGAGCAGGUUUGGGUGGAGCAGAUGGGGUAUACCUAAGCAGGUGUCAGCUGGCUGUCUCUGUCUGGUCCUGUAGACCAACCCUGACCGGAAGAGCACCUCAUGCCACUAUGUCUGGGCCUGAGCUCCACCUCCAUAUACUAGCCCAUCAGAGGGACAGCAUCUACCCUUUCCAGGCCCUGGGGGCUAUUAUACAAGGAGCCUCCUUCUGCUGCCACCAUGACCUACAUCCCGUUUCUCUGCUAUGGACAGAUGAUGAAACCUGAGCACUCUGGGUGGCUCCCAUCUGCAGGUGUCUUACAAGAGGGGAAGAUGGGGUGUUGGCCAGUGAGCUCCACUUAGAAUCCCUGAGGUAGGAGGAGAUUGCCCCUCUUCAGCCUGGACUGUGUCUCCGCUGGAAGAGCACUUCCUGGGACCUGCCCUUGUGGCAUGCAGUGGGGGAGGGGUGAGAAGAUUAAAUAUAUCCGUGGGAGAGCAGAAGUCUGACUGGGCCCAUAGUCCCCCAAGAACCUUCUGCCUCUCCUAACUUUCUUUCUAGUCCAGGGAGGGCUAUAGGUGGGGUGCAGCUGCUGCUGCUUCGUGCUGCAUGAGGUCAUUACACACACACACACAUACACACACACACACACACUCCAGAGACAUUCUCUGCUGUAGGCACCAGCAUCUGAACACGACAACUCCAUGGUCCACCUCUGGAACUGCCCUGCGUGGAUGCCCAUCUGGAAGGGCCCCGAUGUCAUGGACAAACAACUGUAUGGAGUAAACAUCUGAAACCCACCCAGCCCAAUGGACAGAUGUGAGAAUUGGGCCCAGCCCCGUGGCCAGGUCUUUGAGUAAGAUACAUCUGGACAUCCCAGAUUGUUGGGGCAAGGUGCACAGCUGGAAUAGGCCAAGCCACUUGCUGCAGUGGGAGGGGCCUUGCCCUCUGUCUCCACGUUCUGGAGUUGAAAUUUUAGAGUUGAGGUUUAUGUGAAGUCACAGAAAUGUUUUAGGUAGAAGGCUAAUGUUCUGUACAAUAUAUAUAUGAAUGUAAAAUAUAUAUAUAUAAUGCUUAUAUAUAUAUGCACAGUGUAUAUAUGACCCUCAACCCCUGUGUAUACAACCCUUCCCUGCACGUCUGCACACAGUGUACAGAACCCAGCCAGUACGGGUGGGGACCCAGUGAGAGAUGGGGGCUGCAGCAGAAAAGUCGUGUUUACUUACACAGCCCUCUGGAACAAGCCAGGCCUUGCCAGCGUCUGCAUCAGUGCUGUGGACCAUGCAGAGACGUCAGAAUAGUGUGGAGCUGGCAGGUGAACCGGGGAAGGGGCAGCCGUGGGUGCGAGUCUAAGGUAGGGCAGUGGGCAUGUCUGGAGAACAAAGCCUUUUUGGUCCUUGAUCCCUGAGCCAACAGCACAGUCUAGUCCCGGUAUCUAGUGCUAGGGAGAAGAAUGAGGAAAGCAGAGUCAGUUUCCCAGGCCUACUCUUACGCCUGCCUGCAGGAUGGCCUGGACGGCGUCAGGCUGCAUCUGAAACAUGCUGGAUGGCAUGGGCCUCAUGUGUGCAAGUUACCCACAGCUCCUAGCUAUGGCGAGUCUUUUAAAGAGAAAGGCCUGAGGGCACCGCUGACAUGCCCGUUCAGCACCCUGAUAACCUACUUAUGAAUCUAGCUCUUAUUCUCCUGCCUUCUAGAAGAGCAGCCCUCUAAUCACGCCAUAGUUGUCUGUUUCGCUUUUCUAGACCGAAACUCUGAGGCCUCCCUGUAAAAAGAAGAGGUAAAGAUUCAGUCAGAUGCCAGCCAAGAGUCUGCCCCAGUUCAUUCUGACAUGGUACAAGAUGGGAGGGACUUAUCAAGGAACCAGAGAGAUGAAAGAUUCAAGAAGGCGGCACCUGGCCUUGCACAGCCCCUUACUGUCUGUCAGUCCUUCUUUCUGUUGCUUCUUCCAAACGGCAGCUGGCAAAGAGCCCCUGACAGGUAGGCCACAGACCUCUGUCCCUGCCAUGCCUGGAUCUGUCUGUUGCCAGUAAUUUGAGGCCUUCAGCCCCUUCCUGGGUCCAAGCAUUGCUAGAGUGUGCUGGGGAGAAGAGACCUGAGUUUUGCUUCUGUGUGGUCUGCAGCCUGCCCUCCGCUUCAGCCCCAGCCCUCAGGCCAUCUGCACUUAAAGGCCAGGCGUGCUCCUGCAGCCAUGGCCAAGCGCAUCUAAAUCCAGCCGCUGAGGAGGGUCCUGACCUGGCUCCCUAGAGACCAGAGGCUCCAGGAGCCCUCACGCCACUGUGCUCUGAAACCCCAGCCCAUUCCUGCCUGGGCUGACUUCCUGGCUGGGCCUCUGUGGUGGGGACCUCAACUCCCAACUCCUGGGCUGAGUCCCCAGACAGCACCAUGGGACUCCAAGAGUCCUGGCCUGUCCCACUACCCAGACCAGAGUGCCUGGACACCCCCCCCCACUCCCACUCAACAAGGUUCCCACACACUGGUCUCUGGGCCAUUCAGGGGGUGCCCUUUGUGGACAUGCAGAAUUUCUAUGAAUAUAGUUUUUUGUAAACAUUUUGUAACAAUUUGGGUUUCAUAGUAACUGUGUUACUUGCCAAUCAUUCUAAGCUGAUGUAAAUAAAUUUCCAAACAAAUCUGAUUAUUUUCCUUUUUAAGACACUGUGAUAUAUCAGAAGUGCACAGUUUGCUGUAUGAAGUAAUAUGGUUUUAAAUUUUAAAUAAAUGUUUUUAGAA